AUGAUAGCAGCGAUGAAGAUAGAUCUUAUUCCGGAUCAAUUAAUAACAGAAUCAAAUGAUUCUAAUUCUCAUUUAUCAGAAAAUAGCCAAUCUUCUCAGUCUGAAGAUGAUUUAGGAGAAGAUAAUGAUUUCUCAUGGUCUAAAUAUAACAGAUAGAAUAAAUUAGGAAUAAUACACCAUAAAUUCAAGUAGACUAGUGGAGUUGAUAAAAAAAUGAACAAAAUUAAAGAACCUACUGGUUCAUUUUCUUUAUUUAUUGUGAUGAAUAAAUCAUAAGUAGAUAUUUUCUAACUGUGGCUCAAAUGA